GCAGUGGUGGUGGUUGGCUCGCUGACGAGCUGUGUGUGGUGGAAGCUGGGCAGUGAUGAGAGAGCUUUAUUUGUUUUCAUGUUAGUAAUGUUUUAUGUUUGUUAGGAUCUGAUUCGCGGUGGCCUCUUGGGCUGCCGAGGGAGGAGGGAUCCUCCGGGGCUAUUGCUGCUGCAGUUAUGCCGACUGCCACCACAGCUCCCUCACCCACGGCCAAACCCCAAGAAGCAAUUUGGGGGCCGUCCAUAAAUGACGUCACACACCUAGUUUCUCGCGACACAACCGCAGAAGUGACGCGAGUUUAUGUCGAGAGAUUCACUUGCCGUACGUGGACAGUCAGAGCCGUCCAGUGGAUGGGGGCCCCGGGGCGAAUCCCACCUCGUGGCCCCAUCGACGCCUUCAAAGCAAACCGCAGGAGGAUGAAGGCUGUGCCGCCGGGCCUGCUGCUGCUCCUCACCCUCACCCUGUGCGCCUCCACGGGGCCUACGCAUGCAGAGAGGAUGAGGGCCCCAAGCGGGCUGCGUGUGGUGGCCCCAGAGUACCCCAUGCAGCUCCACCUGCGGUGGGAUCCCCCUGGCAACGCGUCCGAGCCGGAGGGCGACCGCGGCCUCGUCCAGUACGCCCUGCAGAUCUUCGACCACUCCGCCGGCAGGAGGAAGGAGCUGCAGUGCAUCCUGACGCCGCUGACCAACUACACCAACUCCCAGUUCAGUCACGCCGACGCGCGGGCGCGCGUCAGCGUCGUCUCGUGGCACGCCGACGCGUGCACCAACUCGAGCCAGCGGUACAGCAACUGGAGCGAGCUGGUGGACAUCUCCUCCCCGCGGGGACUGGCCGGCAGUGCGGCGAGCGGCGUGCGCUGCGCGCUGCUCACUGGGGCUGCGGAGACGAUGGAGUGCACGUGGACACGAGGGCCCAACGCCAGCGCCGACACCGAGUACUCUCUCUACUACUGGCACAGCACCCUCAACGCCACGCGCCGGUGCGUCCCCUGCACUCACGAGAGGCUCACGGCCGACGCCGCCAAAGAGCUUUGUCACCACUCGGGCAGGGGGGCCGGGCACGGGAAGAAGGCCGCGACGAAACAGCGGAAAACUCGGGCUGGGAUUCCGUCCGAGACGUGGAGCACGACCCGCGGGGCAGCAGGGGCGGCCGACUCGGCAGCGGGGGCGGAGGCCACGGGACGGACCGCCGGAGCCGCUGGAGCCGCCGGGCCGGGGGCAGGGGGGUCCGCGCUCGUGACGCAGCGCUGCUGCGUGCCGCUCGCGGACGUCCCCGAGUACCGGAGCUUCAGGAUCCUCAUCAACGGCACGAGCGCCCACCACAACGUGACGCCGUUCUACUGCCCGCUGCCCGUGGAAUCGCUGGUGAAGCCAGACCCUCCAUCUGAGUUGCACGCGCACCUCAACGGGAGCAGCCUGCUGGUGAAGUGGGAUCCUCUGCCGGGGUACCAGCGCCACCAGUCCACGUGCUACCAGACGGACAUGCGGAUCCACAGCGGACCGCAGGAUCACCAGGAGGUGUCGGAGCCAAGGGCCUCGUGGCCGCAGCCCGAGACCCAGGGAUGCCACGCGGUGACGUUCCGCGUGAGGGCCCGGCCCGGGCAGUGCACGGUGCACGGCGUGAGGGGGCUCUGGAGCGAGUGGAGCCCUGAGGCCCGCUACAUCCCGAGCCCGGCCCCGCUCUGCGCGGACGCGCACGGCGACGGCAACGCGACCGGUCAUCGGACUCGGGUCACCGAGUACCCGGACCCCAGCGGGGCACUGGGCAGCCAGGAGCCCCAGCGUCUCGCCUGGUUCCUCGCCAGCGGGCUCGUCGCGCUGAGCAUCGUGGUGCUGGCCGUGGUGUUCGUGUACAAGAGCCAACGGCUCAGGCGCUGCCUCGUCCCCUGGGUGCCGGACCCCUCACGCUACUUCAAGAGCCUCUUCGACGACCACAACGGCGACUUCCAGGCCUGGGCCGGCUUCCAGGCGAGCGGGAAGCCUGCGGCGCCGCCGGCGGCCGCCGGUGACGAGGCGGAGGAGGGCUCCCCGGUGCCGCUGUGCGUCCUCUCCGAGAUGGCGGCGCUCAACGUCGGCGGCGGCGUCGGCGGCGGAUACCUGAACCUGGAGACGGUGGGCACUGAGACGGCGUUGCUCUGGCAGCACGGGUAGUUGCCACGGCGACGGUGGGAGGGAUCGCCCGGCCGCGGAGUCAUCAGCACGGCCGAGCGUCGUGCGGCCGGCUCGCAGCGUGGGUUGACUGCCCUCCCCACCCACCGUCAGUGACGUCUGGGGGAGGAGGAGCCUUGCGCCUAGGCCUAGGCCCGUCGUAGUCCAGCCCACCCCCCCCCACCUAAAGCGAAUAAUUACAUAACGAGUGUGCACGUGUGUGCAGCAUUGUGUCUCUCACUCUCUCCCUCCCCGUCUCUUGCUGCGUCAGUAUCGCUAUGCUCUGCGGUUGUCUCCUUGGCUCCUCUGUCUCCUUGUCUGUGUCUCCUUGUCCCUAUACGUCCCUCCAUCCCUCCAUCCCUGUGUUUAUCACCUUGCCUGUCUGUGUCUCUCUCCGCACAUCUCCCCCUGUCAUGCCCCCCACACUCGUCACUCUGUCUACUUACUCUGGGCUGUCCUCCAUAAAAUAACUUUUUAUCGCCCCCCACCCGCCCCCCCCCCCCCUAGUUCAAUGCACAACAAAACAUAGACUGCAUGUGCUCUGCUGGGGCUUAUGGUGCCUCCUUAGACAUCUCUGUGUGAGUCUAUGGGUCUCUAUGUGAGUCUAUGGGUCUGUAUUCGAACCUAUAGAUCUGUGUGUCUAUGGGUCUCUAUGGUGAGCGUGUUUGUAUUGUACAUCGAGAGGGGGGAGGUAGUGUAGCGGUUAGCGCGCUGCCCUACGAACCCGGCGACGGGAGUUCGAUUCCUGCUCACGCCCAACACCGGUGACGAUUGUCUGAACCAGUUCUGGGACUCCCCUGUACCUGGUGCGGUGUGUAAAACAUCGCCACGAGGGAGACAAAGGCGGCCCGGCGUGGUGCUGGCAACUCGCCCCCUCGUGUGCCGUGCCGGCCUUCAUGUUAUCUUAUCUUGAUGUAUCUAGAGACUUGACCAAGGCGCUGUACAGAUGCAUAAUUAACAAUGGUGCAUGUGAAUGUGAUGGUGAAGAUUAGGUCAACACAGUCGAUGAGGGGACGUGACGGGCCAACCUGCGAUGUGUACAUUAAGUAAAAGAAAACUUAACGACAGCAAAUAACGUUGACGAUGAAUGAAUUGGAUGGAUGGGGAAUGAGUGGUAGCCAUGGGGAGAGAGAAUGAGGAAGGAAUGAGGAAUGGCAGUGAUUAGAAGGGGUGGGGGGGGAGAGUCGGGAUUUAGGGGGUCGUGGUAUGAGCUUGGCAACAAGAAGUGAAUAUUUUGGGGGAGGAGCGAAAAUUCGUGAGCGAAGGUGACUGCUUCACGUGGAGGGGGGGCGGGGGGAGUUUGUUCCAGUGAAGGGGUCGAGAAGAGCGAGAGAGUGGAUUGAGCACAAGGAGGAGGAGGAGGAACAGAGAGAGACGACAACGACUAAGAAUGUAGAAGGGGCAUAGAAGGAUACAAGAGUGGCAAGAGAUGGUGGGGCCGUGACCAUGAAAUGCGGUACAGCCGUGGUCGAGAGAGAGAUAACUUGUGGACUAAACCCCACCAUCUCCGCCCGCCCCACAAAUGACAGUCGGGACCCUACAGCUCGGAAGUGUUGGUCGACCGGCCUUUACAUUAACCUCGUUUCUGUUACGUGUCGAGAGUCGGUCCCGAUCUCAUCCUCGGACGUGGUAACGUGGACAAGCCACCUAGCACUGGCUGUGUCUCAGAUGACACGGCCAGUGAGUGCAGAGCUCCGCUACGUGUGUCUCAACAACAACAUCUUGGGCGUACUAAGAUGUUGUUGUUGAGGAGAGCGCUCCCUUCUAAACUACGGAGUGUCGCGUUCAACGUAAAGAAAAGCAAUACCGGACACGAUGCUUGGGUGUUGUCUGCCGGCCAAGUCGCACUUGAAAAAUAACUUUUUCGCUUUCCGGGCUUUGCUCGGGGGAGACAUCAACUGAACUUCUGAAACACCUCAUUCGCUGCUCUGGAGCAUUACGGGUCAAAGCGUGUUGGAAGCACAACUCCGUUCGACAAUCUUGAAGCUACACUCGUUCUACAGUUAACUUGCUGCUGCUAUACAUUCACAACGUUUUAAAAUAAAAAAUAUAAAUGUGCAUAUAUAUAGCCAGGCGGGCUAUGAGGCCCACUACAUAGGGAGGUGCGGCGAGGGGGUGGGGGAGAGUGCUCUCUGUCCCCGGGACUCGCACGCGGCUUGUCCGGGGCCCUGCAGACGCCCCAGCAGCUGUGACCCCCCGCAGAGGAGGAGUUGAGCCGUCACCACCUCGACCGCGCCGUGGCUGGAGACGCCACUGCUGUUAGCACCAGGACAAGGAAGGGCUUUUACAUACCCCCCCCCAUCCCCCCCCCCCUGAUCUUACCUCAUCCUGCCCAAAUGUAUAUAUCUCUCUACUGUAAAUAUAUUUACAUACUGUAUGACCGUUAUCGUUUUGUAACAAUUCUGUUCAUUUAUGCACUCGCCAUCAUCGUCAUCGUCGCCGUCGCCGCGAAGACGUUGUGCUGCUCCUGGGCCCUUGUCGGGGCUGCUGCGCUGCCACCACAACAACUUUGACUGGACCGGUUCGUGUGGGCCCAGCUCUGAGGCUCUCGGGGAAAUUUAACUUUUGCUACCAAUGCAUUACAAAUUUAAAAAAUACAAAUAGUACGUUUGUUCAUGAUAAUAGGAGUUUUCCCCCCUUUUUUCUGGCAACAAAACAGUCGUGUUAAGAUGUUAAAACACCAAACUUAAAUCCUCUUACAAGGAAUCAUGUCUGCGUUAACCACAGUGCUUGUGGUCAGAAUGCGAACACAAACCAUACUCUGAUAAUAUAUUGGCAUUGUCCUUGAUACUGAUUGGUCCACACCAGAGACAGCUUUCUUUUGAGCCUCGUCUCAAAUGGUGUGAGACCAGAGGACUCCAAAUGGCAUACGUUUGUUCAUAAUACUUUUUUUGGGGGGGGUUAAAUCGCGUAAAUAUAAGUGUGUGAGUUUACCACGUUGGCUUUCGCGACCAAUAUGGAUAAAUGUGUCGUAAAACCCGCCACCGCCCGACACCGCCAACUUGUAAGGUUUGUCACGUUAAACGGCACAUGCCAAUUCGUUAUGAGUACAGCACACCAGUGUGUUGGAGGGUAAAUCCACAACAUUUACAAUCUGCGAAAAGCCUACGUGUUAAACUCAAGGACGUUUUGGGACCUCCCUUGCCAGUAUCAAAAUAUAAAAGCAGGUGUAACCCUUUCUGGCAAUAAAACAGUUUGUGUUAGAAACUAUUUGUGUCAGAAACCUUUUGCAAUGAAUCAUCUCUGCAUUGAUCGAUAGUGCAUUGUCUUGGUGCUGGUUCACCUUUUGACGUCCUCUGGUUUAACACUUUGAGACGGGGCUCUGAAGAAAGCCGCCUCUGGUGUGGAUCAAGCGGUUUCAGAUGCAAUGCAUCAUCAUAUACUACCAGAGCAUGUUUAUUUUGUUUGCAUGUUCACCGCAAGUUUACGUGGUUAAUGCAGACGCGAUUCGUCGCAAAAGGUAUCUGUUUGGUGUUUUACCAUCUUAACACAACUUUUUUUAUUGGCAGAAAGGGUGAAACCUAUUCUUUACAUGAAGUACGUUUGUUAUUUAUGCCGGCCCAUCGCGAGAGCGCCCCCUUUCACAGACAGUCGGCAGUAGUUUUGCAGUGCCGGUGGGGGGCGAUGUUGCUGAUAGGGGUUCCCAUUUGAGCGAUUUGUUAUUGUUUGUUGGCGGUGAUCAUUUUUGUUUGUUCAAAUUUGGCGAAUUUAGAGGCCCUGACGCCGGCCAUGCGAUCGCCUGCUCGUUUGGAAUGCCGCCAAGGGGGGUGUUUUAACGUCCGCCGUGAAGCAGGCGGAGAAUGUAAAACUUUUGUAGGCGAAUAGACCAGCAGUGUUAAUCGGGGCGGCCCGUCGGAUUCGAGUAGCGAACCUCUUUGCUUUGAACUUGCGUUGUGACUCUCCCUGGUUAUCGAGGGGACAAAUACAACGACAAUAAGAUCCCUUGAAACUGUCAAAAGUAAACUAAACUUCAACAUUUGAAAGCAAUAAUGACAGUUUUCGAGGCGGCUGCUUCAUAGCUCCCGGUAAAAAUGGAACUUAAAAGGCUCCGUGACAGCUCCGGUCGAGCCCUGUGUUUUUUAUUCGUCGGGAGUUAACUGGCGAGUGGAGUCAGCCUGGUUUGUAUAGCCUACGUGAAAGAAGGCCGAUUGUAAUUUUUUUUAAACAAACCAUAUAUUCCAGUGAAAUAUAGCCCAGUUUUAAUUCAUUGUAAGGAUUAUAUCUAUAUUUUUACAUUUUAUUAUUACAAUUUUACGGAGUAUUGUUUCGUACCAAAGCUGCUUUUAAACCCAUUAAGUAAAAUGUACUUUUUGAUGCGGG